UCUGGAAGGAGCAAGACCAGAACUGGCAAACAGCCACCCUCAUCCCUCAGCCGUGCAUGGUGCUGUCAUGACGGACCCCCCAUCUCUGGACGCAGCCAUCCAGCAUGCCUUGGCAGGCCUAUAUCCCCCUUUUGAGGCUACUGCGCCCACCAUCCUGGGGCAGGUGUUCCGUCUCCUGGAUUCUGACUUCCGGGGGGAUGGGCUGAGCUUCCUCCUGGAUUUCCUGAUACCUGCCAAGCGCCUGUGUGAACAAGUUCGGGAAGCAGCCUGUGCCCCGUAUGCACACUGCCUCUUCCUGCAUGAAGGCUGGCCCUUGUGCCUGCGGGAUGAGGUCGUGGUCCACCUGGCACCCCUCAACCCCCUCCUAUUGCGCCAGGGUGAUUUCUACCUCCAAGUUGAGCCCCGGGAGGAGCAGUCCGUCUGCAUCACGAUCAAGUGCCUCUCCCUGGACCUGCGAACAGUGGAUGCAAAGCCUGUCGCCGUGUCCUCCUACCCUCUCCUUUUCACUCAAGCAUGGUUGGAGGUCAUCAACAGUGACUUUGAGGGAAGUCCCCUACAACACUGCCUGGUGGCUUCAGAAGAUGGGAUCACCUCUGUGCCCUGGACCAAGAUAACCAGCCCAGAGUUUGUGGAUGACAGACCCCUAACAGUGGAUGUCCUCUCCCCAGCCUGGGAGUCCCUUCAAUUAGAGGCACUCAAUUCAAGCAGCCCUCAGGAGCUGUUCCAGGUCAGGUCCCCAGACAGCCAGGUGCUCCUUUCCCAGAGCCUGACCAAGAGGAAGGGCAGGAAAUGUGGGAGCAAGUACCCAGGACUCAUCAAAGUGGAGCAAGCCAGGCCUGGGAUGAACGAUGAGGCCAGCAAGGACUUGGAGGGAGACUAUGUGGCUCUCCUGGACUUUUCCCAAGAGAGCAGAGGAGGAUCUCCCAGUAGGGAGGUGGAGACAUCCAGUGGGUGUCCUUUUGGGGCACUGGAGGAGUUAUCCAGCACUAAGGAAAUGCUUCUCUCUCAAAGAAUGCUGCCUCUCUCGGGGGCCGGUGGGGAACCUUCCUUGGAAAAAUGGACUUGUGCAAAGCCUUGCUUUCUGGGCUUGGGGAGAAAAGUCAACCAUAAAGCUCCCACCCAUGACUCAAAAAGCCAGUCCCAAGAGCCCUACCUCGAUGUCCUUGAGCACCCACCGCCCUGUACCUCUGGCCUUGGGACAAGUGUCUCAGAUGAGCCAUCUGCCUCCAAGAUGCAGGGACCUCUGGAAACUCCAGAGAAUAUGGUCCAGCCCAGGCCUGGACUGGGACAAGCACCCUGUCCCUGCCCGUGCCCAGCUUCUCAUGCUGCUCCUGCCCCUGACCCCGGGGAGGGAGAGGGGGCCAAACACAGGAACAGGAGGCUUCCCAAGCCUGUGACUCUCUCCGGUCAAAACACCCCCACUUCCAGAUCGCCCACUCCUGGCCUCAAAUUCUCAUUCUUGAAAGAGCAGCGGCGAGUCCCCGUGCCCCCAGAGAAAGCCUCACUCCAGCAAGACAGGCCUUGGAAAGGCCUGUGCUCCCUUUACUCUCCCAAACCCAGCAGAGCCAAGCCCUUGGGGAAAGCUGUAAAGAUUCAGACCAAAACAUCUGGCCCCACUGCUGACUCAGGCCCACUGACUGGGGAAAAUGCUGGCUUUCCAGAACCACCUACGAGCCCUCCAGAAAGAGACCUCACUCUGGAUGAGGAGCCCCCAGGGCCAGAACCCAGGAUUGGGGCUCUGAGGGUGGACAUCUUCCACUCUGGAAUAGCGUGCUUGCCAGGUGGUCGGGACAGGGUGGGGCGGCCCCUGCUUCUGGUGUCAACCACCCAGGGGGCCUGGGAUGCGCCGUGGUGCACAGCCUCAGAGGUCGCCAAGCUGCUGUCCUACCUGUGCACUGUCCCCAGGUCUGAAGAUAAAGCCAAGGGGCUGGUGGUGGUGAUUGAUGCCAGGAAACAGCCCGCGCACCCUGGUCUGGUCAGUGCCCUGCAGGCUACCCAGGCUCUGGUCCCAGCCGCCAUCCGUACCGUGCUCUACCUGGGGGAGAAGGAGGCUGCUCUCCAGCUGGAAGCGUUACCUGACACCCAGGUAGAAGUGCUGACAUCACUGAAGUCCCUCAGCCACCAUGUGGACCCCAGCCAGCUGCCCACAGCCCUGGAAGGCCCCUUCCCCUACUGCCACAGCGAGUGGGUGCAAUUCUUCCAGAAGUUGGACCCUUUCCUUGCUGACCUCCACCAGGCCUCCUCCCUACUAACGGCUUCCAUCAAGGUGUUUGAGAAGGGUGACCCCCCUGGAGGGGUGCAGGAGGCCUCCACACGUCUGAGCAAGUCCAAGGAGCUGAUGGAGGCUGUGCUGAGGGACCCAGGCCUGCUGGGCCUCCAGCGGGAAGGGGGAGGCACCCUGGCCUGGCUGCAGCAGGAAGCCAAUAGGCUGGACUUCAAUCCUGACGUCAGGAGCCGUCUGGCUGAAGCCACCACCCUGUAUGGCCUUGUGGAUGAGCAGCUGCAUGUCCUGGUCGCUGCUUCCAACCACCUCCUGGGGAGGCUGGAGCUGCGCAUUCGCCUGGGUCGUCUGGAAGCUGCCAUGCACCAGGUCAGCCACUGGAUGGAGCAGGAAGGAAACCGGUGCCUGCAAGUACUGACCCCCAAGGGCGGAAGCUUGGAGACAGUAGAGAAAGCCCAUGCAGAGUUUGAGGACUUCUUCCUUCAGGCUGCAGCCCAGUACCGCCGUGGCUUGGAGCUGUCCAAACAGGCAGGCCGACUGGGAGCCGCUGCUGGAGGGACCAGAGAGGCAGGAGGAACAGAACUCCCAGAGCUGGCAGCCUUUGCCUCCACCCAGAGGGCCUUCCAGGCUAAGCUGACCCACUUCUACAUGGCAGCUGAGCGGCAGCGCACAGACCUGGAGACGCUGCUGUACCUGCACCACGUCUGCAAGAAGAUGACCUGGUUCCACAUGGACUGUCAGGACCUGAUGGCCCAGCUCCAGCUGGGCAAGGCGCAGAGGGCCAGCCCUGGGGACCAGCGCCGCCUCUACCGCUACCUGCGGCGACUGGCGUCCGAGUUUCCUGCAGAGAAGCUCACAGCCAUGGGGCUGCAGGUGGCUUCUCUGAGCCAGGAAGGCCUGGGCCAGGCCCUGUGGGAGGAGGCCCUGGGAAGGCACGAGGAGAUCCAGACCCUCCUGAAGAAGGCAUUGGCCCACUGCCCGUGCCCAGCGGGUCCCACUGCCCACUCGGCACACCUGGAGUUAAGAGGGGCAGCUGCCAAGGGCCAGGGUCUGAAUGGAGCAGUCACUUCCAGGGGCAAGUGGGACCUGCCCCUCCAGGACUCACUAGGCCUGGAUCGUUCACCAAAAUCCCAUUGGCCAACUCGGGCCCCCAGAGUAGGGCAGAGCAGGAAUGUCCAGGCUAGCCCUCUGUCCCAGGAAGCAGGCCAGGCUGCAGAGGCUGGUGAAGGCAAAGGCCCUCAGAGGCCCCCUGCCCCUGAGCGUGUUCUCACCACCGUCUUCUCCUGGCAGAGGCUCCCCAGGCAGAGUCAGACCUCCUGCCCCACUGGGGGCAGUUUCUCCUCAGAGGGGACAGACUCACAGACGUCUCUGGAGGACUCACCCUAGACAAGUCCCCCUGCAUCCCUCUAGCUGGAAGCCCCCACCAACUGCACCAGGCUCCAGGUCGGGUGGGCCCGGAUACAGAGAGGGCUGGGGAGCCCUUGCCAGUCCUGUUAGGAUGUGGUCCCUGAGAACGUGGCCUGUGCAGAGGUAAUCUGCUCCCAGGUCUAGGAAACUCCAGGAAGACCCAACUCUCACACAUUCAAAGUAGUGGGAGUGGAGGGGAGGGCAGGGUGCAAUACAGUGUGGGGUUAUAACCCCCGGUCUCACGGGGGAAAGAGCUGUUAGAACAGACCCUUCCAGAGGUCUUGGUCUUAGGCAGCCAGAUGCCUACCUGGAGUUUGGGGGAACACAAGCUUCCCCUGGGGCAUGAGGGUCACAGUGGUCCUCAUCUGGAACCAUGGGUGGCAAGGCAAGAUGCUCCUUGUCUUAGGUCCCACAGAAACAGACCCCAGCCCAGGAUUCGAGGGCACACUAAUUUGGUGGUGAUGCUAGGAACCACCGGAGGAGGAGAAGGGAGGUGAGUCUGGGAAGGGAAUAAAGGGUGUGUGGUCAGGCAGAUUCUGGCUUGCUGUUUAUUUGCUGGCAGCAUCAGCCUCAGACAAAGAGAAUCAUCUGCUGACAGCCAGUUGCAUCCUCGGAAGGGGUAGGGGUGAGGGAACGUCUGCCAUGGUCCCUGCUCUCUCUCACUGGCUCCUCCAACCCACAGGGGCCACCAGACUUAAUUCAAGGAACCCCAUGAGGUCUUGUCCUUGCGCUCCAGAGAGAAUCCUCUCCCUGUCCCACAUUCUGUCUUCUUCCCCUCCCCUCUGCACCUCCUCAGACUCUAAUACUUCUACCCCUACAAGCCAGGUCCCCUUUAGGCAGAGCCUCUGCUGCCCAGCAUAAUAAGGCUCUGCUGGUGGUUUAUGGGGCCAGGCAAGGGUAGGAAGCCAGGUCCCCUUCCAGCCCGUGGUUCAGGAGGAUGAGGAGGUGGGGGGAGGGUGCCCUUACGCCUCUGAUCUCAGAGUGUCCAGAAGACAACCGGCCCUUUGCAGUGCCCACACUAACUCCUGCCAGCACCUCCUCUCAGCCAUUACGCUGAGAAAGCGUGCCCCGUCUCUGCCUUAGGAUGCAUUACCAAGGUGGUCUCUGGCAGCCCAGCCCUGGAAUUUUCCUGGCUCUGGGAAGAGGGUGGGGCACACAUCCUCCCACAGCUAAGGCUGUGGAAGGAGAGGAGGCAGGACUGGAGCAGAUGGAGGAGGACAAACAGGGUUCCUCAGGACUCACGUUGGCAAAGAGCCACGCAAGCCAAGAUGGCUUCAGGAAUCUUCUAAGAUUCAAGAUUUGGUCAAGUGUGAUUUGGGGCUUGUCUGUGUCAGAACCAAGCAGAGGUUAUCAAAGGCAGCUUCUAGGAUCCCACCCCAGAUAAUUAAAAUCAGACGCUUGGGGCCCAGGGUGGCUUGAAUGUGCAUUUGUAACCAACUGCUCAGGGUUUCCCACGUGACACAGUAAGGUGGGCGGUGCUGUUGGGGAACACUUGAGGCUGGGGUCUAAGCUGGCCACCCACACCAAGCCAGCUUUGAUUCUCACGUUUCACUCUCCUGCCUUCAUCCAGACUGGCCUGAGGAUGCAGGGAGCAUUUGAUCAGCCCAUCCACCCAUGCCUUUGCCUCAGAGAGGGGCUGAAGGCUCUGAAAAUGCUGUUACCAUAGCAACAGCAUCCAGCCAGCAGGGACCACAGGCAGGGAGCCAGGGUACCUGGGGUGCAAGGAUGGAAACUGACUUCUAAGAGGCUACAGCUAUUGUGAGAGAUGCAGGAGAGGGGGAUGGAUGACCCAAGAAUUCUUGGGAAGCAGGAGUCUCCAAAGCCAUCUUGUGCAUCCCUCUGUCUUGAAAAAGAGACAAAGCUCAACAACUUGCUACUUACAGCAGCCCAUGGGGGAGCAGGGUAUGCAGAAAUGAAAUAAAAUAAUUAAUAACAACAUAGAAAAAGACUGAAUAACAAAUAAUA